UCCCCUCCCCCCUGCCACCCGCAGCAUCCCCUUCAGGACCUAGGACCACAGAGGGACCCACCAUGGUGUUCCCAGGAUCUUUGGCUGUCACCAUGCUGCUGCCCAGCCUCACACUGCUGGGGUACCACCUCUCCAGCUCCCAGGACCUUGCCAGUGAGCCCAGCCCGGAGCAGCAGCUGUGUGCCCUGAAGGAGCAUCCCACUGUGGCCUUUGCAGACCUGAAGCCGUGGGUCUCUAACUUCACUUACCCUGGAGCCCGAGAUUUCUCCCAGAUCGCUCUAGAUCCCUCCAGGAACCAGCUCAUCGUGGGAGCAAGGAACUACCUCUUCAGACUUAGCCUUGCCAAUGUCUCCCUCCUUCAGGCCACAGAGUGGGCCUCUAGUGAGGAAAUACGCCGCUCCUGCCAAAGCAAAGGGAAGACUGAGGAAGAGUGUCAGAACUACGUGCGUGUCCUGAUCAUCACAGGCCGGAAGGUGUUCCUUUGUGGCACCAAUGCCUUUGCCCCGGUGUGCUCCAGCAGACAGGUGGGGAACCUCAGCCGGACUAUGGAGACGAUCAAUGGUGUGGCCCGCUGCCCCUAUGACCCCCGACACAACUCCACAGCUGUCAUCUCCUCCAAGGGCGAGCUCUACGCUGCCACAGUCAUUGACUUUUCCGGGCGAGACCCUGCCAUCUACCGCAGCCUGGGCAGUGGGCCACCACUUCGCACAGCACAGUACAACUCCAAGUGGCUGAAUGAGCCUAACUUUGUGGCAGCCUAUGAUAUUGGACUGUUUGCCUACUUCUUCUUGCGAGAGAAUGCAGUGGAGCACGACUGUGGACGCACUGUGUACUCCCGGGUGGCCCGUGUGUGCAAGAACGAUGUGGGGGGCCGCUUCCUUCUGGAAGACACCUGGACUACAUUCAUGAAGGCCCGGCUCAACUGUUCCCGCCCGGGCGAGGUCCCUUUCUACUAUAAUGAGCUGCAGAGUGCCUUCCACCUGCCUGAGCAGGACCUGAUCUAUGGCGUCUUCACCACCAAUGUUAACAGCAUUGCUGCUUCUGCUGUCUGCGCCUUCAACCUCAGUGCCAUCUCCCAGGCUUUCAAUGGCCCAUUCCGCUACCAGGAGAACCCCAGGGCUGCCUGGCUUCCCAUCACCAAUCCCAUCCCCAAUUUCCAGUGCGGCACCCUGCCGGAAGAGGGCCUCAACGAAAACCUGACGGAGCGCAGCCUGCAAGAUGCACAACGCCUGUUCCUGAUGAGCGAGGCGGUGCAGCCGGUGACCCCCGAGCCUUGCAUCACCCAGGACAGCGUGCGCUUCUCACAUCUGGUGGUGGACCUGGUGCAGGCAAAGGACACACUCUACCAUGUGCUGUACAUUGGCACGGAGUCAGGCACUAUCCUGAAAGCGCUGUCCACCGCCAGCCGCAGCCUCCACGGCUGCUACCUGGAGGAGCUGCAGGUGCUGCCCCCCAGGCGCCUCGAGCCCCUGCGCAGCCUCCGCAUCCUGCACAGCGCCCGCGCGCUCUUUGUGGGGCUCAGCGAUGGCGUGCUGCGGGUCCCACUGGAAAGGUGCUCCUCCUACGGCAGCCAAAGGGCAUGCCUGGGCGCCCGGGACCCAUACUGCGGCUGGGAUGGGAAGCAACAACGGUGCAGCACACUUGAGGACAGCUCCAACAUGAGUCUCUGGACCCAGAACAUCACCACAUGCCCUGUACGGAAUGUGACUCGGGAUGGAGGCUUUGGCCCAUGGUCACCAUGGCAACCUUGUGAGCAUUUAGAUGGGGACAGUUCAGGCUCUUGCCUUUGUCGGGCCCGAUCCUGUGACUCCCCUCGACCCCUCUGUGGAGGCCAAGACUGCCUAGGACCUGCCAUCCACAUUGCCAACUGCUCCAGGAAUGGAGCGUGGACCCCAUGGUCCUCCUGGGCCCUGUGCAGCACGUCCUGCGGCAUCGGAUUCCAGGUUCGCCAGCGGAGCUGCAGCAACCCCACACCCCGCCAUGGAGGCCACAUCUGUGUAGGCAAGAGCCGUGAGGAGCGGUUCUGCAAUGAAAACACGCCCUGCCCGGUGCCCAUUUUCUGGGCAUCCUGGGGCUCCUGGAGCAAAUGCAGCAGCAACUGUGGGGGUGGCGUGCAGUCACGGCAUCGGACCUGCGAGAAUGGCAACUCCUGUCCAGGUUGCGGCUUGGAGUUCAAGACGUGCAACCCCGAUGGCUGCCCAGAAGUGCGGCGCAACACCCCCUGGACCCCGUGGCUGCCGGUGAACGUGACCCGAGGUGGGGCGUGGCAGGAGCAGCGCUUCCGCUUCACGUGCCGUGCACCCCUUGCCGACCCGCACGGCCUGCAACUGGGCAGGCGGAGGACAGAGACCAGGACCUGCCCCGCUGGUGGCUCUGGCACCUGCGACACUGACGCCCUAGUGGAGGAUCUCUUGCGCAGUGGGAGCAUCUCUGCACACAUGCUGAGUGGAGGCUGGGCCGCUUGGAGCCCCUGGUCUUCCUGCUCCCGGGACUGUGAGCUGGGCUUCCGAGUCCGCAAGCGGACUUGCACCAACCCGGAGCCACGGAAUGGGGGCCAGCCCUGCGUGGGUGAUGCAGCUGAGUACCAAGACUGCAACCCCCAGGCUUGUCCAGUGCAGGGCACCUGGUCCUGCUGGACGCCCUGGUCCCCAUGUUCAGCCACCUGUGGUGGUGGCCACUAUCAGCGCACACGUUCCUGCACCAGCUCUGUGCCCUCUCCAGGUGAGGACAUCUGUCUCGGGCUGCACACGGAGGAGGCGUUGUGUGCCACCGAGCCUUGCCCAGAAGGCUGGUCACCCUGGUCUGAAUGGAGUACAUGUGCUGAGGAUGGAACUGAGAGUCGCAGCCGACACUGUGAAGAGCUGGCCCCUGGGCCUAAUGUCUGUGCUGGCAACAAUAGCCAGAGCCGCCCCUGCCCCUACAGUGAGAUUCCUGUGAUCCUGUCAGCCUCCAGUGUGGAGGAGGCCACUGGCUGUGGAGGGUUUAGUGUCAUUCACCUGGUGGCCACGGGCAUCUCCUGCUUCUUGGGCUCUGGUUUACUGACCUUAGCAGUGUAUCUGUCCUGCCAGCACUGCCAGCGCCAGUCCCAGGAGUCCACACUUGUCCACCCAGCCACCCCCAACCACCUGCACUAUAAGGGUGGAGGUACCCCCAAGAAUGAGAAGUAUACACCCAUGGAGUUCAAGACGCUGAACAAGAAUAACCUGAUCCCUGAUGACAGAACUAAUUACUACCCAUUGCAGCAGACCAAUGUAUAUACGACCACCUACUACCCAAGUCCCCUCAACAAACACAGCUUCCGGCCUGAGGCUUCCCCUGGUCAACGGUGCUUCCCUAACAGCUGAUAUCAUCAUCCUAGAAACUUGGGCUCCUUGCCUUCCUGAGACACAGAGCAGUGGAGCUGGGAUGGUGGAGCCUGUUGGGUUUUCUGCUGUGAUAGGCGAAGAACUUGCUGCUUUGCCUCUCAGAGGUCGCAUCCAGCUUCAAACAACUCUGGCUGGCAGUGACCAUGAGGGAGAGGGCUGGCUUCAGGCUGGCAUGUGGCUGCAGUUCCAGCUCAGCCCAGGUUUCUCAUGGCCUCUUUGACCCACCAUCAUGCUGAUCUUCUCGCCAUGUCUGCACUGUGGACCUGCUGGGCAUGUAAGGAAGUAGAGAGCAGGAAUAUGUGUGGGUUGGAAGUGAUGACCUGUGUGGCCAUCAUGGGGCCAAUACUGCCCUUCUCUGGUUGGCCCCAGGAAGGGCCUGGGCUCCAUCUUGAUGGUCUCUAAAAGGAACUAAUUAAAUGGUCCCAGCAGCUCUGGAAUCUUUCCAGAGCUGGGCGAUUAUGGUGCUGCCUCAGAGGGACAUGAGACCAAGACUGACUCAGUUGUUCACUUCUGCCUUGGCAGUCUGCACUUUGCCUAGUGACAUCGUUGUGGUCAGAAGUAUGGAGGACUAGGAACUCUAAACUGAUUUUGUGAGAGGCCCUUUUGUCUGGGCUGUCAUUAGUCUCAGUCUUGCCUUCCAAAUGCGCAGAAAGUGACCUAGGAGAACAGAACAUGGGAACCCAGUCUUGGUGCCAUCAUGGAGACUGGCUACUAGUCACUGCUCAACACACCUGUUGGCUAAAACCUGCUGGCAGUCUGCUGGCCCCUCAUCUGUUCAGGAACACAUGCACACAGACACAUACAGACACCCAACCACAAUCUGCUACAGCAAUCGACAGGAUGGUGGACUGUGGCACUGUUAAUUAAAGAUGAUAUCCAGUCUCCCA